GGACUCUAGACGAUUAUUAGGUGAUUUACUACAAAAAAUAUUUCAUAUAUUUGUCUAUAAUACUAGACAAAAGCUCCACGAAGCCCGAAGUAACACAUGUGUGUUUUAUCAGCUGUUUUGUUGGAUUACUUCAGAUUAUAUUCAGGUUUUAUUAGAUAGAGAUCAUGGUUUCCACGACAAACCCUGAAACCUGGAACAAAUCAGAGAAAGAUUCUGAUUCAUGUCUUAGUGACAGCUCUGGGUCAUUAUCGCUAAGCAGACACCCGUCCUUGGCAGAGAUAUCAACCAUUACCUCAAACUGCUCUACAAGUCCGAUAACGUCAGAUGAAAAUUAUAUGGAACGUAACUUAAAAUCUCUUAAAUCACAAGCUGCAAGCAGUGAGAGCUCGAUUGCUCUUCUAGAUUUGCAAUUAAGUGGAAAAACAAUGAUGGUUCCUGCUACACCCCCGAAGCAUACGAUGAAAUCCGACUCCUCAGUCGCUCCAACAAACACAGAAGAUGAACCACUCACACCUACAGCUAAUCUAAAAAUGUUAGUCAGCGCAGCAAGUCCAGCAAUCCGAGAUCGGGAGACUAAGAAGCGAGAACUCUUCACAGAACCUGAACAGACCAGUCCAAUUCCAAGCUUUUGUGCUGUGCCUUCGUUCGCGUUACCGAUGUUUGACUCCAAAGUUGUUUACAGAAAUGGCGGUUUUGUCCACGUAAACCUUCGAGAUGGUUCAGAAUCUGAGAAAAUGGUCAUAAGUAGGAAGGAUAAAUCUCUUGGUCUGCUGUGCCAAAGAUUUUUGGCCAAGUACCCUGAAAACCCUUCUCCUAGUGAGAGAAUAGAGAUCAGCCUUGAUGAAGUUGCUAAGGAUUUGAGUGUUGAGCGGAGAAGAAUCUAUGACAUUGUCAAUGUCCUUGAAAGUGUAGAGGUUAUUAGCAGAUUUGCCAAGAAUAGAUACAUGUGGCAUGGAAAGACAAGACUGCCUCAAACAUUAGCUAAAUUAAAGCAAUUUGCUGUUACACAUGGAUUUACAAGUAAAGGAGGGAACACAGAUAAGGAAAAUCCACAGAUGGCUUGUCAAAAUAAGUGUGCAAAAGCUGGAACAAACAAAUUGCCUCAUCUUCUUCCUAAAAAUAAUAAAGUUUGUCUACCUGGAAUGGGGUGUUUACCAAGUAUGUUUGAUGGUGAAGAUGAUGCUUGGGCAAAAAAGCAAAGAGAAGCAGAUUAUUGCAGAAAGGACAAGUCACUUGGUGUAUUGAGCCAAAAAUUUUUAAUGAUGUUCUUACUUUCGGAGAAUCGGCAAGUUACCUUAGAUGAUGCAGCUAAUUUAUUGAUAGAUGAAGAGGAAGAAGGAAAGGCUAAGUACAAAACUAAAGUGCGCCGUCUUUACGAUAUCGCCAACAUCUUGUCAAGCUUACAGCUUAUCCAGAAAGUCCAUAUUCAUAACAUCCAAAGUGGCAGAAAGCCUGGCUUCAGAUGGAUUGGUAUUGAUUUGGACAGUCUAGACGAUCUUAACAAACCUACAAGUGAUUUGAACAACCAUCCCAAGAAAAGAGGUGGAAGUAGUAAGAAUUCCUUGGUGGAGAAGGAACCAGUAGACACAGAAGAGAGUGCAUUUGGGAGACUAAUCAGCCGCCGGCCAAGCCAGCAACAGUUACGUCGCACAAAAUCUGAUGGAAACGGCAAAAGCAAGCUACCACGCUCCAGAUCAGAUAGAGGGUUUGCAAGCAAGAAAAGGGUGUUGUCUAGUGAUAGUGAUAAUGGAGCUAGUGACAAAGGAGAUGGAUAUUCAAUACAGGAAAUUACUGGUUUUAGAGAUGACAAUUCCAUAAGAAGUCCAGGCUCAAUCAAAUUUCAUUCUGAAUUAAUGAAACUGAAAGAGCAGUAUCCUGACCACAUGUCUGAGCUUCUUUCUGCCUGUCAAGCAUAUCUCAUACCUGAUGAGAACAAAAAAAGUAGAAGAACACUGUUCAAUGGGGAAAAUUCAUCACAAGAUGAUGGCCCAAGCUCUAAGCGCCGCAAAAGUUCUGAUGAUGUCAUGGUCAAAGAAAAUGAGUCUGAGAAUGCUACAAAGUUUGUACAUUCAGCAACAUCUCCAUUCAAGCCCUUUGAGACAGAGCAGAAUGAUAUCAAUUCCACCACAAAGAGCCCACCGGCUAAGCAUAUCAUCCCUAGUGUAGUUGAAGGAUCUCCUGAACAAAAGAUACUGUUGGAGCGAGAGAAGCAGAAAAAGCUAUUAGAGGAACAGAAGGAUUUUGACGUCAAGGAUGAGAGAUGGAAACGAAUGGAAGAUGAACUGGAAAAAGCACUUUCCAAGACCCGUUCUGAAGUGUCCAAGAAUAAUGACAGCAUCCACUCAUCAGUUGAAAUUCAGGCUAAUUCAAUAGAUGAUGUGAGCCCCUUGAAGCCUCUGAGUAAUUAUGUUAAGAAUAUGAAGCCCUGGUAUCCUCUAGGUAAAGACAAGACAGUCACUCAAUCUACAGCAUCCAAAUCAGGAAGUCUAUCUCCAUUGUCUUUACAAGCUAUGGGUGUCACUCCAAUAGCACCUUCUCCAGUGAGCAAUACUACAAGUCCCACAAAUGCAUCAGUCGCGUCAUCCAAUAAUGCUCAAAGCGUAAAUCUAGUAUCAUUAACAUCUUCAAAUUUACAGUCUUUGUGGACAAUGGCAACCUGUAGUGCCCCAUCGCUCCAUACCAGCCAGGCUCCUCUCUUCCUAGCAAUGCCACAGCAACACACCUUCUCAUCUUCUGCAUCUAAUCCAGCUUUGCUGUCAGUAACACCAAGUACUUCAGAGACAAGAAAACUAUUACCACUAUCUCAUCCACCCAGUGAAGAGAAUUGCCUGGGCAAUAUAAUGCAAGCUACUACCAAUAUAAUGCCGCCAUCUUCAACUUUACCAAUGAACAUUGUUGGCACUCUAAACAAUGCCAACUUUAUUCAAGAAAGCAUGACAUGUUUGAAAGAUAACCAGAUAAUUAGACCUCUGGUGAAUGUCCAGCCCUCAGUCACCCAAGGAUUCAGUCCUAGAAUGGUCAUGACUGCAAUUCCAGGUAUCAGAGGUCCUGCUCGUGCCACUGUAGCCACACCCAACCAGAUGACCCCCAUUCUACCUAAGGUUAUCACACCUCAGCAUCCAUUUUCAUCAGUGACUGGGGGAACUCCCUGUAGCAAUACAGUUUUUGUAAAUUCAGAUAUUGCUAAAAAAUUAGUAAUGCCUGAUACUAAAUUAAACUGAAACAAAAAAAAGAAAAUAGGAAUAUUUGAAUUUAGUUAAAAUGUAAUUAAUUUGGUUUCUCUAGUCCCCUUGCACUGACUCCUUAGAGGAAUAAUUAUUCUGGGGGACAAAACAAUAGGCCGUCUUUUCUUACUCAAAAACAUUCCUUCUUUUGGUUCCCAAGAACGAUUCCUCUCAGGACUCAGUGCAAGGGGUCUAUUAUCAUGUGGUUAAUUAGUAAAUGGUAAACUUAUUGAGUUUUGCAUGAAUAUGAAGAAGAUUGGUCUUUCAAGAGGUCUUUGUCUUCAAAUUUAUUUUUUUAUUUAGAUUUGCACGUUACUUUUCAUCCUGUGAAAUAAUAAGUGAAUAAUUCUUUUUUACUUUCACUAUCAAGACUUUUCGAUGCCUUCCUGUUAUAAUUUACCAAAGCCUAAUUUAAGGCUAUAUUACUCAGCAAAGCCUUUUUCAAAAUUCAUGCAGAAUUCACUGAUGUUUUUUGUUUGGUUAUUUGGUAGAGUUAUAUCUACUCUUUAUGGUAUAAGGUUUUGAAAAACAAUAUUUUUUUCUUUCUGUGAAAGUUUUACUUUUCUCUAUUAGUGAUAGUGAUUAACAAUUUAUUUUUUUCAAGUAAGGUUCAUUAGAGUGCACGCACUAAAACCGUGAGCAUUAAAUAGUACUAUUUCAUACGGAAUCCUUUGUUUUCUAUUGUUUAAUUAUCACUAUUUAGUGCUUGAAAAUUAGUAUUUGUUUCACGGAUUUAGUGUAAGCACUCUAAUACAAUAAUUAGGGUAAUGUAAGGAAAUUGUUAAAGGAAUAUAAUUGUUGACAAAAUCUAGGGGUUUUAAUGUACAGUAUUGAUAGCCAAAAUGAGUUAAUCCUGGUAUGUUAUCCUAGGGUUUGGAAAAGUUUUUUUUAUUAACCUUAAAAAAACUACAGAUGCUAUUUAAUUGCGUACAGAUUAUGAAUAUUACCGCAAAUGAUAGUUGAACUUUAAAGUCUUACUUUUUACUCAAGUUCAUUUAUAGGGUAUUUUGAAAGUUGGGUAUUUGGUAGAACAAAAAAAAACACUCCUUUUUCAAAGGCUAUCUUAUGAAAUACCAUGAAUUUAGGGAUUACUCUGCAUUUAGGAGAUGGGUUACCAACACUACUUAAAAUAUUUUCAUGAACUUUAAUAAAGUUAAUUCUUAUAGUUCGUGGCAAAUGUAAGAUAAUUUUUCCAAAGUCAAAUCUACCAAUGGCUGCUAAAUUUGUAUGUCUUUUCCCUGAAAUUGUAGUGCAAAUAAAAUAAAGUAUAUUUUUCUUUA